AUGGGAAUCCCAGUUGGUAAACUAGGUCUGUAUGUCGCUUUGGGUGGAAUUCAACCGCAAUUUUGUCUGCCGGUUGUCAUAGAUGUUGGCACUAAUAAUAAGAAACUGCUGGCCGAUCCUCUGUACAUUGGUCUCCGACAUGAGAGAGUUCGUGGUGAACAAUACGAUCGCCUCAUCGACAAUUUUAUGAAAGCAGUAACCAAGAGAUUUGGCCGUGAUACGCUCAUCCAGUUCGAGGAUUUUGCUUUCCAAAAUGCUUACAAAUUGCUCAAUCGAUAUAAGGACGAGUACUGCACAUUUAACGACGACAUCCAAGGCAAGUCGAUCUUUGGUUGUGUUUUCCUUUUCCUGUCUUUUCUCUCUAAUUCAGUCUCGCGCCAUCACACGGGUCCUUUUUUGCUACGUGUCGUCGUCUCCUGCCCAAUGCAUUUU